CAAUCAGAUUGUUGAAUAGAAAUCUUCUUUUGUAGUGCUUAACUGUCAAACAGUCUUUGUUCUGCUUGUAAACAUUAAAUGUUUUUAAAUAUUAUGAAAACAUCACAAAACAAACAUUAAACUGCAACUCAAAAAAUUACACACCUAAAUAAGAAUGCAGUCGCUUUUCCUGGAUUAGAAGUGUGGAUUGUGCUGUGAUUUAUGAAGGUUAUGUUUUCACUGAUUAAAAGAAGUCAAUAAAAAUAAUAACAAUGAUCCCUCCUGUGGCACCAGGUCAAGCAGAAGACAAACAAAACAUGGUUGGCUGGAAAAAUACAUUUAAUAUGCGACAGAUAAGUCUAAUGAAUCUGGCAGCCACACAGAUGGGAGCCAAGAACAGUGUCAAGUCAAUUCCAAAUUAUAGAAGAGCUUACAGUAUCACCAGUCCAGCCAAAUCUUUAGAUCUGUUAAGAAAAAACCUUCAAAAUGCCAUCAAUAAAGAUAUAGACAAUGUCAUUAAAAAGUACCUUGAGAAAUUUUUCCAACCAGCCAUUUGUAAUAUUAAGAAUAAUUUGGGUAAGGAUAGUGUAGGUGAUGAUCAUAUCAAAGAAGUUUGCAAACAGAUGUUGGAGGAUGCAAAACUUAUGUACAAAACUUCUCAAAAUUCCAGGGACAGUUCGCCUUAUGACUACUCAGAUUCAGAAACUAGUUUAUUUGAUGUUAAAAUUGGCAGAGGAAGUCCUUUAUUUGGAAAAAGGAAAGAAUCAGACACAGACUCAGAAACAAGUCACCCUUUAACUUACAAAAGAUACAGAUCUAAGAGUAACCAAGCAGUAGAUUAUUCAAAUUAUAAGCUGCCAAUUAAAAGGGAAGGUCCCAAAUGGAAUCCCAACAGAAUUAAUGAAAACACCUUAUUUAUUAUGGGUGCCAGAGCAAAUAAAGUUCUGGGCUAUGGCCAGACAAGAGGAAGACUGUAUGUUAGACAUCCAAAUUUGGUUCGUUAUUGUGGGGACCAGGAGGAUAAAGAGUGGCUGGCCGCAAAAAAUCUCAUGCCUCCCAGCGGCGGUAAAGCUUAUUUACUGGUGUUAGAUGACAUCAAGGAAUUAACAGAGAGCGACGAUUACAAGUGCAACCCGAAUCUGCAGCUGCACGAGUUAAAAGGAUUUGAAGUACCCAUGUUUCUCUUGAUGAAAAUCAAGGCAUUUAUUGAAUAUGUGAGAACUGACAAAAAGCCGCAAACAAAUCUGGAUAUUUUCGAAUUUAGAAGUCAUUCUGUGACACCUCCAUGUACAGUAUUGGAAACUGAUUCAUCAACACCUCCAAUUCUUCCUGAAAGUACUACCUCCAUUAAGGUUGAAAACCAUUAUAUAAACUUACCUGAGAUGAGCCCCAAUUCAAGUAAUUCUUUGAUCUCCAGCACAUUGACUCAAAGUCCCAUACCCAGUUCAUCAAAUAUUAUGUCACCAAAUAUGCUAAUGACAUUAAACAACCAGGAUAACUGCAAGUCAAACAUGAUGCUUCUUAAAGAUAAUGUACAAAGCAACUGUUUAUCUAGUAUAUUAGGAAGUGAUAACUCUCAAGAAUUUUAAUUUGUAGUUGUUUUUAUAAUUAGUAUUUAUUUAUACUUUUUGAUGUUUUAUAAAUUGAUUUGUUGUGUGUGGCGUUUUUAAAUAAAAAAUUAAUAGCA